AUGGAGGAUUUGUCACCUGCCUUCAAUUACUUAUCAAAUUUGAAACGUGACGCAUGCAAAGGUAGAUCGAAUAAUUACACCAAGGACCCGCUGGCACGAUGUGAAUGCGAACCACCGUACUCCGGUGAGAAUGCGAUUUCUUGCCGAAGUGAUCUCAACCCACCAAAUGGCACCUAUCCUUUCCCAGCGCUCGGAUUUAGGGAUCACGGGUCCACUGAUAUGAAGGUAACGAACUCAAAAUUGAUGGAAUCGCUGUCGUUCACGGCCAUCGCUGGACCAACAUACGAUCCGACACCCGUGUUCGACUGGACGAACUCACCGCUCGGAGAAAUUGUGCCGCACUACGGGCAACCAGAUCGAUGG